AUGCCGGAGAUGCAGACCCUCUACCGCCCCAUGUUUCAGUCCCAGAACUUCUACCUGGACCCCGCCCUGGUGCAGCAGCGUGUCCUGGAUGACCAGGUGGAGUUGUGGUGGUUCAGAGAACCCCGCCGCUCCCUGCUGUGCUACUGCGCCUCGGUCGCUCUCAUCCUGGGUCUCGGCCUCGGCGGCGUCGGCCUCCUGUCUACCACCGACAGCCUGUCCGGGGAAUGGCGCCUCGGGGUGGGCACCACCCUCUGCCUCUUGGCCCUUGCGGUCCUGCUCAAGCAGCUCCUCAGCUCCGCCGUCCAGGACAUGAACUGCGUGCGCAGCCGGCGGAGGAUCGAGCAGCUGAAGAGUGGCGGGCGGGCCGACCCGGCGCUGUUCCUGGCCGUGGGGCUGGCGGUCAUGCUGUGCGGGACGGUGCUGAUUUGCUUGGUCGUCAUCGGCAGCAAAGCUCACGACAGGAGGGACAUGCUGGCGUCCGGACUGGUGCUGACGGCCGCCGGAGCCGGCGUGACUCUGGCCGUGGCCGGAUACGGCGUGCUGGCGUACCUCCGGAGGAGGAGGGAGCAGAGGAGGAGGAGAACGAUGAGGAUGAGCAGAGGGAGGAGGGCCGGGACUCGAGCCGUCCGUGUGUUCAAUGUUUCGGGAGGAUCGAUCAGUCAAGCCAGAAGAGAGACUUCGUCCAGCAGGACCAGCCUUAUAUGAAAGGAUGGACGGA